AUGGAUGAUAAGGAAAGGAACACACAAAAAGAUGAUGCGAAUAGCAGUGUGUCAUAUGAAUCUCAAUUUUUUGAACAAGAAAAUGAAUUUGGGGAUUUGAAUGAACAAAGUGAAGAUAUUGCUGAAAAUUAUGACAAGCACCAAGAGUUAACCACCAAAACACAGGACUCUGAAGAUAUCUUUACCAAGCAAUCUAUCUCUAUUAUUACAGAGGAACCCAAACAACCAUGUCAACAUAGUCAAAGUCAUUUGUCACCCACUGGCCACUAUACUGGGCUAUUGUUACAGUUUGACUUUGCAUCAAAUGUAUCACGUCAGCAAUCCUUUGUUGUUCAUGAUUAUAAUGCAAACAAAAGAACAAUUAUGCAUAAUUCAUUUGUAUUUGUACAUCGAUAUCCCCACCUAUUGCUUGAUGGCUAUGGUUGGAUAUUGUGCUGCUCAUGUGAUGCAAAUAGAAAGCAAUUUGUUGAAGCCCUACCUAAUAAUAUACAAUUAGAUCCUCAAAAAGAAUCCACAUCCAUGAUGCAGUCUGUUUUCAGUGAUCAUUCCUACCAUGAGAUGCAACCUGAAGAAGCAAUGAGAAUGAUGCAAGCGAUUUUACUGAUCUUCCAGAAAAAAAUGGUCAUAAAAUUUUGGCGUCAUCUGAAAGUGGUAUUUGUUCUUGUGGUGCAGAGUGGGAUAAACGUUCUAUUCAAGAUGAAUCGUUGUACGUAGACUUGUGUUCAGUUGCGUACUUUUGUUCAAUCCAUGAUGUGAAGGUGUAUUGUAGACCUUGCUCCUCUUGUGCUACGAAAAAGCAUUAUGAUGGCAUUGAAAACAGGAUUGUAUGGUUUGGAUCAUAUGCAAUAUCUCAUACCGUUCUAAAAGAUUACAUUCGGCUUUUCAUAACGUCGAGGUACUUUUGAUC